AUGGAUAAGCUAGAUAAUUGUGAUAGUGAGUUUGGUUAUUCCUACAAUUUUCCGAUGGAAUCGGAUAAUGAGACAGAAUUGGCAACAAAAAACUUACAGAAUAUCAAUAAAGAGCUAGUUUUCAAGAGCAACGAUCUGGAAAAUGAUUCCUUAGCAGUAUUGCAAAACAUUCAUAUACGAAAUAACGUUGAAUAUUUACCCACAGAUGUUCAAAGUUGUAUAGAAGUUGAAUCUACGAAUAUUAUCAACAUAUCAGAAAACCAAAUAGUAGAAAUCCAGUUCCAAAAUGGAAAUGGUACUGUAAACACUGAAUAUAUUGUGAAUGACAAAUUACUAGAGACUAAUAUAGAUGGAGAAGAUAUAGAGAUGAAGUCAACCUUCGUAAACUUAAAUGAAGGAGUCUACGAAGAAAUCAUUCCAUAUCAGAUAUAUGACGAAAUAAAUAAAAAUAGCACCGAUAAUUUCGAAAUUGUCCAACAUAUCGACGGAAACAUAUCGGAGAACUCAUCAAACACAGACAACUUUAGUCAAAAUACUUUCAACUUGUCUAUACUUAGUCCUCAAAGUGAAAAUGAAGAACAAUCAGAAACAGACCUGACCAGUUUGAACUGGCUGCAUAACAUCACGAAUAUUAUGGCAGUUCCUAACUUACCCACUCCUCCAGUGUCACCAACACCGAAGCCAUCGAAGAGGAAACCCAAUAGUAAUAGCAGCCAUCAAGAAGAUUUAACAAUAAACAUUAAUUAUUAUAAAAAAAAUGGAGAUAAAAAACCUCCAUUUUCUUACGCUACUCUUAUUUGUAUGGCGAUGGGAAAGAAUGGGAAUAAGAUGACGUUAUCAGCUAUUUAUCGGUGGGAGGAAAUAUCGAAUUUGAAGUUUGAAAAUGUGCGAAACCCUAGCAGACAGAAACCUGAUAUUACCAUAACUGUUAUUCGAAAAAAUCACAAUUUCCGAGCAGACUGCCAAGGCACUUCCAAGUGUCCACAUAAUUUCGACGGCCCUGGAAAAGUUUUAGCUCAUGCAUAUUUCCCAAAUGAAAACAACAAAUGUGUCGAGAUUCAUCUCGAUGCAGAAGAAAAAUGGUAUCUUGGAAAUAGUACUUCUCCUGACGGCCAAACUAAUUUAUUGAUGGUCCUGAUUCACGAAAUUGGCCAUGCUCUUGGGCUGGGCCACAGUGGCGUCAAUACAGCUAUUAUGUAUCCUUGGUAUCAAGCAAGUCCAGCAUCAUUCGAUAUAGAUGAUAAGAGGGCGAUAGAAUAUUUGUAUGGGCAGAAAACUGAAAACUAUCAACCAACAACAACCUCAACAACACAGACAACCGAAUCCCAAAAACCGAUAUCCCAGCACACCUCUACCACAGCUUCAUCAGUGUCGUCAAAUGAACCCCAUAACGUAGACGUUACUAGCACAACCUCAAAGCCUCAGAUAACUCCAACAAGAUUAUGCGACAUUCAAGUGCCAGACUUUAUGUUUCUAGCCACAGCACCCCAGUUUCAAAAUUAUCGCAUGUACGUGGGAUACAAUAGAUUUUUGUGGAAGUUCGAUUUGAACGAUAUGCGAAUUCCAUCACAGCCAGAGCUGCUUGAUGAUUAUCUUCCUGAAGAUUUAAAGUCUUCUCGAGUUUCACAUGUUUUCCAAAAUUCUAAUUCAAUAAGGCACAACCUGUCCUUGAAUAAGUGUUUCAUGAAACACCCGAGAUCUAAGGACGAGCCGGGCAAAGGAGGGUUCUGGAAAUUAGAUCUGGAAAGGCUAGAAGAAUCUCGGAGAUCGAAGAGGAGGUCCAGUUUGACGGUUCGAGUACCUAGAAAUAGGCACUCUUCCGAUGAAAAAGUGUUGAAACCUCCUAGGAAAACAAAAAGGUAUCGCUCAUCCCAGAACCCAGGGGAAAGGAAACACAAUAUUCUCUCCAACAUAUCAAUAUGUGGGGAAACUGAUAUUGAAAAUCUCGAGGAUACCAAGAAGAAAGAAAAGAAAGUCGAACAAAAAAUACGCAAAACAACGGAGCUCAAAAUCAAAGAAGAUAAGACGGAUGGAGCACUCACCGAUAAUUCAGUCGAAAGUGAUUUUAUUCCAGAAUCCAUGCCAAACCAGUCCGUUAUAACGGAACCUGUACAUAAUUUACUCGGUGAAGAUGAACUAACAGGUUUGUUGUUGGCAACCAAAGGUUGGGACGACUGCCAGUUAGAACUACUCGAUUCCUUGUUGGAUUCGCUGUAA